UCCGCCGCAUCAGCAGCAGCAUCAUCAUCACCAUCCGCAGAGGACACCGGGUGCUGGAAGGACGCAGGCCCUGCUAAGGGAGAGGUCCUGGCCUGGGUGCGGACCCCGCAGAGAGGCCGGGUCUGGAUGGAGUCAGGCUGCGUUCAGACAGCCAUGGCUCUGGGUCUGACAUCGAAGAAGGCUUCUGCCAGGAGCGUAGCGGUGGAGCGAAAGAACCUCAUCACGGUCUGCAGAUUUUCUGUGAAGACUCUUCUAGAAAAGUACACAGCAGAGCCUAUAGAUGAUUCAUCGGAGGAGUUUAUUAACUUUGCUGCUAUUUUAGAGCACAUCCUGAGCCACCGCUUCAAAGGUAACACUGCAGGUUCAGGGAGCUGGUUUAGCUCCGAUGGACAACGCAGUUUCUGGGAGUACAUUCGCCUGGCGUGCAGCAAGGUGCAGAACAGCUGCAUCGCCAGCAUUGAGAACAUAGAGAACAUCAGCACAUCCAGAGCCAAGGGUCGGGCGUGGAUCAGAGUAGCUCUGAUGGAGAAGCGUCUGUCUGAAUAUGUGUCCACUGCUCUGAGGGACACCAGAACAACCAGGAGGUUCUAUGAUGAAGGGGCUAUAAUGCUGAGGGAGGAGGCUACCGUACUGACUGGCAUGCUGAUUGGAUUGAGCGCCAUUGACUUCAGUUUUUGCUUGAAGGGAGAGGCUCUGGAUGGGAAAUCCCCAGCUGUGAUUGAUUACACGCCCUACCUGAAGUUCACUCAGAGCUACGAUUAUCUGAGUGAUGAGGAGGACCGCCGCAGUGUGGACAGCAGCAACAGUGAGGAGAGCGUCCCUGAGCAUCCCUACAUCCCUCUGGUGACUGAUGAGGAGAGCUGGAGCAACAAGUGUCGCAAGAUGGAGCAAAGGUUUAAGAUCGUCUACGCCCAGAAGGGGUAUCUGGAGGAGCUUGUGCGCCUGCGCGAGUCGCAGCUGAAAAACAUGGAGACGGAGAACAAGCGUCUCAGAGCCAAGGUGGAGGAGCUAACGCUGCAAGGCCAGCAGGAGAAGAAGGAGCUGGAGGCCAUCGUGCUGGAACUGCAGGCACAACUUUCUGCCCUCAUGCCUUGCGAUUCCUCCCAUUUGGCUAAAGAUCUCUCCGUCCCGCUCAUCAACCAGUGGUCCAGCAUCCAAAACAACCAAUGCGAUGUCAAGCUGUUCCGCAGGAGGAGUUUCCAUAGUCUGGAGCAACUUUCUACUGAACUCAGUCUGAAUUCUGAUAAAAGUGAAGGGAGACAGAAUGGAGAUGCUCCCUGGACCUCAGAAGGCAAAGACAACACUCCCUCCAUGCUGGGGCUGUGUGGCUCCCUGGCUUCCUUACCGAGCUCCAAGUCCCUGGCGAGCCUAAAGUCCAGCGAGUGCUUGGUUAACAUCAGCACUGAACCCAGCCCUGCGCUCUCUCCCAGCUAGGUGCUCCAGAGCAACAACUUAACCCCACCCCCAUCCAGCCUGCCUGCCUGGUGAUGCUGCGUUGAUGAAAAAAAACACAGCUCCUGCACAUUCUGAUCUAAAAGAAAUAAAAACAGGAGCAUUAUGACACCGCAUCUGGAUUUACACGAAGCAGAACAAAUUUCCUUUAUUUGUAUUCUGUUAACCCAGAUUAUCACUUGAUACUUUAAGCCAUUUGAUCCAUUGUAAACUGUUCCACAACAUCUUUAUAGCUUAUUUCCCAAUUUCGCUUUUCAGUUGUUUUCAAAGUUCAGUAUUCUUGCCACAGCUUUGUCUGUGUUUAAGUACAAAUUUUGUUAAAUUUUCAUAUCAAAAGUUCAACCAAAACAGUUCACAGGUGAUUGAAUGCAAACACGGCUGUAAAGGUCAUUUUAAGAGAUGUGGCUUUAGCAGUAUUUUUAAUAUCAUGACUGGAUGAAACUGGGUCAAAAUCCUCUGAUAGUACAGAUAUUUCUACCUGGAAUUCUUUAACAACACAAACUCAUACAGUAUUUCCAACCUGUGCUACUGUUCAUUGGUUUACUGAUAUAAGCUAUUGCAUAUGUUUGUGUGUUUCCUUUCAGCCAGUACAGCAGUAUUUUUUCUCACUUGUCUACAGUUUCUGUUUUCUGUUGCAAUAAACUGCCUUUUUCCAUUAUUUGUGUCUGA